AUGUCGAAGACCACCGUAGGGGAGGGGAAGGAGGAUGAAGAGCUGGAGGCUCCGGAGGCUCCGUCAGCUGGGAAGAGCCGAGGCACAGCAGCAGCAGCAGCCGGAGGGUGGGCAUGGGGAGUGGUGUUCCACUUCUUCCUGGUCAAUGUGCUCGUGAUGGGGAUGCUGAAGACCUUUGGGAUCUUCUUUGUGGCUUUCCAAGAGGAGGUGGGGGGAUCUUCGGAGCAGGUCAGCUGGAUCGGCUCCAUCAUGUCCUCCCUGCGCUUCCUCGGAGCCCCGCUGGUGUCCGUGGUGUGCCAGCGCCUGGGGGAGCGGCCGGUCUCCAUCCUCGGCGCCGGGCUGGUGGCCGGGGGCUGCCUGCUCAGCACUCAGGCCACCAGCGUCCCCUUCCUCUGCUUCUCCAUGGGAUUCCUGCUGGGGAUGGGCUUUGCCUGCCUGUACCAGGCGGCCGCGGUGAUGACGGCCAAGCGCUGCCGCGCUCGCCUGGCCUUCUGCAGCGCCCUGGCCCGCUCUGGGAUGGGGCUGACCUUCCUGAUGGCUCCCUUCACUCAGCUCCUCCUCGAGGCCUACGGCUGGCAAGGUACUCUGCUGAUUUUUGGAGGCAUCAUGCUGAACCUGGUGCCUUCCAGCAUGUUGCUGUGGCCCGUCAGCCCCCAACCGCCCCGGGAAUCUGCCAAAAAUCAACACCAGGGCUCUUCAGUGGCAAAGAAGGACCCAGAAACUCCUGGUGGAUGUUCAGAUGGAAGCAGUCCCAGGGAAUUACAGCUUCUCUGUGAACAGGAGGCUCCCACCACAGAGAGACUCGUGGUGCCCCAUGGCACAGAUGUCUCUGAGCCAGCAGAUGCGCCUGCCUUGGGAAGGUUGCAGAAACCCACCCUGGAAAUAUCCUCAGAAACGCCCACCGAGGCCACGGAAAGCCACAAACCCCUCACAGCCUCCAAAAAGGAACCUUCUCAGCCUCUCCUGGACUUCUCCCCACUGAAGGAUCCCGUUUUCUUCGUUUUCACCUGGUCUUUCCUGUUCAGCCACUUGGCCUAUUUCGUGCCCUUCUUCCACCUGGUGGCGAGGGCCAGGACGCUGGGCAUGAGCAGCAGGGACGGCUCCUACCUGAUCGCCGUGGCUGGCAUCACGGAGAUGCUGAGCCAGCUGCUCUCGGGCUGGGUGGCCGACCACGAGUGGCCCAAGAGGUACCAGCUCCACGUCACCUACCUGCUCCUCGGCGGGGUCACCAACCUGCUGGCGCCGCUGGCCACCACCUUCCCCCUGCUGCUCGCCUACGCCGUGGCCUUGGCCAGCUUCUGCGGGGCCUUCAUGGCCCUGGUGCUGCCCGUGCUCGUGGAUCUUGUGGGUGUGGAAAAGCUCCACAGCUACCUGGGGUUUGCUGCUUUCUUUGCAGGGAUAGCAGCCAUGGGAGGACCCCCUUUAGCAGGGUGGCUCUAUGACUACACCCAGACCUACGUCUGCUCCUUCCUCUUUGCUGGAGCCUGUGCUCUCAUCUCACCUAUCUCCUUCUUCUUCGAGCCCGCAGCCCAAAAAUGGAAGCUAAAAAAAGCCACUUUGAACACGAGCUGA